GCUCACACGGCCGCAAUCGGUCUGCGACACUCGGCGUGGGUUUGUCGGCGGUCUACGACAUUCCGGUGUGGCUUCCGACUUUCGGGGGCCUUCAGAAGGAAUGGUGGGCGAUCGCGAAGUUGCCGGACGACGUCAUGGGGUCGCUCAAGCAGUACCAGGCGGUCGCUCGUGGCCCCGUGCCGCCGCCUACGGCCCCGCCGUUCGACGGUGCCGGCCGCGACUACGGCCACGGCGUUUUCGAUCCCAAUGGCUUGGAGGGGUCGAUGCCGUCGGUCGGGAAUGCGGUCCUCGAUGCCGUUCGUUUGGACGUUUGGAAAGUGGCACCGUCGGUCCUCAUCGAACUGGACCAGCUCCAAAUCGACGAGCGUUGCAUGCGGUCGGUCGCGAACCUGGCCGGCCACAGUGACGACGGGGCGAAGUUCGUGCGGGAGCUCUUCCAGGUCAUUCAGCGCGAGAACUCCGACCGCUCGCAGUACGACAACCCGGCGGCCGCCAUCACGUCGGCCGUUCGUAAGGAGCUGGACCGCCUUCGCCCAAACAUUCCAGGACUGCCGGGCAGCAGCGGCGACCGCCCUCCGGCUAACCUCGGGCCACAUGCUCGGGCGGUCAAUCGAGGGCCUCCUCCUGGUCCGUGCCCCGGAGCCCCGGCCUUUCUACGACGAUCGUCAGUUCUACGACGAUCGUCGUGGCUAUGCUCCGGACGAUCGUCGCUAUGAUCCUCGGGACGAUCGCCGCUAUGGCCCUCCUCCGGUGCUGGGCCGUUCGAUGUCGAAGCAGGCCGGUUCUGGAGAAGCGGCUGGGUCCUUGGGUCUUUCGGAGUUCAGUGGUUUCCAGCAGUUCUGGUUUAGGUCGUUCGCCGAAACUCAGAUUGCGACUUUCGUGCCGUGCCCGAGUGCUUUGUGCAGCUGA